CACACCGCGCCACGUCUCCUUCCCUCUGCAACUGCAGCACCCAGAGCCGUCUCCUUUUGCUGUAUAUAAGCCCAUCGUCUCCCUCCCAACUCUCUAAUCUCCCCCUUAACAACUCCACUCCCGCGGAAAAAAAACCCAUAUCCCUCCGGCAUAAACCCAAAAAGCUGCAAGCAGUGUGACCAAAAGCAGGCCUGACGGCGAUCCUCGGCUCUCUAGCCAGGCAGCAGGAGAUGGAGCACGACGUGCACCACCAGCACCAGCAGGCCAUGGAGCUGCCGCCGGGGUUCCGAUUCCACCCCACCGACGAGGAGCUCAUCACGCACUACCUCGCCAGGAAGGCCGCCGACGCCCGCUUCGCCCCGCGCGCCGUCGGCGAGGCCGACCUCAACAAGUGCGAGCCAUGGGACCUGCCAUCCCGGGCGACGAUGGGCGAGAAGGAGUGGUACUUCUUCUGCGUCAAGGACCGCAAGUACCCGACGGGGCUGAGGACGAACCGGGCCACCGAGUCCGGAUACUGGAAGGCGACGGGCAAGGACAGGGAGAUCUUCAGGAGCAAGGCCCUCGUCGGCAUGAAGAAGACGCUCGUCUUCUACACGGGGAGGGCGCCCAGGGGAGGCAAGACCGGCUGGGUCAUGCACGAGUACCGCCUCCACGGCAAGCACGCCAGCAGCAGCCGCCUCAUGCCGUCGUCGGUCAGAGCUGGCGCGUCAAAGGACGAGUGGGUGCUGUGCAGGGUGUUCAAGAAGAGCAUCGAGCCGCCGCCGUCAGUGGGCAAGAGGUCGUCGGUCGCGUGCACGGGGACGAUGGUGGUGGAGGACGUCGUGGGACCGCCGUCCAUGUCCAUGGAGGACGACCUCACCGCGUGCGCGCUGCCUCCGCUGAUGGACGUGUCCGGCGGUGGCGGCGCCAACAUGGCGGCGGCGUCCAUCGAGCUGCUGGCGCCACCGGCACCACACGUGACCUGCUUCUCCAACGCGCUGGAGGGCCAGUUCUUCCUGAACCCACCCUGCCUCCACCCCUCCACGUCGCCGCUCCGCCUGGCGAGCAUGGUGCAGGCGCAGGCGCAGGCGCAGUACGACGGCGACGCGGGCAUGGUGCUCCAGCUCCUGCAGGAGGCCGGCGGGUGGUACAGCAAGCUGGGCGAGGGGGAGCGGCUGAGCGGCGGCGCGUCGCAGGACACCGGCGUCACCUCGGAGGUGAACGUGAACCCCGCCGAGAUCUCCUCGACGCGGCACCACAUAAUGGACCCCGAGGCGGCCUCCUUCUGGGGCUUCUGAACUUCCCCCCACAUCUUUUUUUUUCCGCGAUCGCUAAAAAUUGGAUUAGAAUUAGUCACUGGAUUGGAAACUGGGAUUGUAAUUGUGCCGUUGAAUAUUACUAUAUGCAAAAUGGGGCAAAAAAAAAACAAAAAGUUGUGAACGAAGUGUGUGUAUAUAUAUAUAUGCGCGCGCGCCUGUGUUCACGGUACUAUCCCGCGACAAAAUUGUAUUUAU